AAAAUGGAGCGGUUUUCGGUGCUGCCGGAAUCAUUUUCCGGCGACAUGACGGAGCAAUUGCUGGUAAUUUGGGGCCUAAUUAAGGCCCCAAUAAUCGUGCCGCUGCUGAAUAUCGGUGUGUUGAUCUGCUUGUCGAUGUCAGUAAUGCUGUUCAUUGAGAGAUUGUACAUGGGCGUCGUCAUCACCUUCGUCAAGAUCUUCGGCCGCAAACCAGAUAAGAGAUACAAAUGGGAGGCACUCAAGGACGAUUUGGAGCGCGGAAACUCCGCCUAUCCCAUCGUUCUCAUCCAAAUCCCGAUGUUCAACGAAAGAGAGGUCUAUCAGCUCUCCAUCGGAGCUGCAUGCGGCCUCUCCUGGCCGUCCGACCGAUUCAUCGUCCAAGUUCUCGACGAUUCAACCGACUCCACCAUCAAGAAUAUGGUGGAGAUGGAGUGCCAGCGAUGGGCGAGCAAAGGGAUCAACAUCAAAUACGAAAUCCGGGACAACAGGACUGGAUACAAAGCUGGAGCCCUGAAAGAAGGCCUCACGCGCUCGUACGUUAAAAACUGCGAAUAUGUGGCAAUAUUCGACGCAGAUUUUCAACCGGAACCGGAUUUCCUGUGGCAAGCCAUCCCUUUCCUCGUCCACAACCCUGCCCUCGCCCUCGUUCAAGCUCGCUGGAAAUUCGUGAAUGCGAACGAGUGCAUGUUGACGAGAAUGCAAGAGAUGUCGCUAGACUAUCAUUUCACUGUGGAGCAAGAAGUUGGCUCAUCUACAUAUGCUUUCUUUGGCUUCAACGGAACUGGAGGUGUGUGGAGGAUUGCUGCAAUCGAGGGGGCGGGAGGAUGGAAAGAUCGUACAACAGUUGAAGAUAUGGACUUGGCGGUUCGUGCAAGCCUCAAGGGAUGGAAGUUUUUGUAUCUUGGCUCUCUAGAGGUGAGAAACGAGUUGCCUAGCACGUUCAAGGCAUAUCGACACCAACAACAUCGCUGGUCGUGUGGCCCUGCAAAUCUGUUUAGAAAAAUGUUGUGUGAGAUUAUAAGAAACAAGAAAGUAACAACAUGGAAGAAGGUUUAUGUGAUAUACAGUUUCUUCUUCAUAAGGAAGAUAAUAGCCCAUAUAGUCACUUUUCUGUUCUACUGCAUAGUGCUGCCUGCUACUGUGUUGGUACCCGAAGUCGAGAUCCCGAAAUGGGGUGCGGUUUACAUUCCUACCAUCAUCACCCUCCUCAACGCAGUUGGAACUCCGAGGUCAGUCCAUUUGCUUAUUUUCUGGAUCCUUUUCGAGAAUGUGAUGGCAAUGCACCGCGCCAAGGCCACCCUGAUGGGGUUGCUUGAGAUUGGGAAAGUGAACGAGUGGAUUGUCACUGAGAAACUCGGGGAGGCCCUUAGGUUGAAAUCCGCAAUCAAAGCUUUGAAGAAACAUCGGUUUAGGAUUGGAGAUAGAAUCCAUUUGUUAGAGCUUUUUACCGGUUGCUACCUCUUCUUUUGUGGCUGCUACGACUAUUCGUAUGGGAAACACAACUUCUUCAUAUACCUCUUUGUCCAGUCCAUGGCCUUCUUAAUCAUGGGAUUCGGCUAUGUUGGGACCUUCGUCCCUUCGUGAGAUCACUACGAGGAGAAGCCUUGCUUCGAUUAGUGCUUUGCUGAAUUUGGAAGCAUGGGGCAGUCUUGGCUUCCAAGUUCUUGCUUCCCUUUCUCUACUUUUUUCAAAAAUCUUUUAUAAUGCUUUUUAGUUAGA